GACGAGCUGCCCGCGCAGAUCCGCGACGGCAAGGCCUUCGUCGGGUACGCGGAGUCGCCCCUCGCCUUCGCGCCGACGUACAAGGUCGACGUCGGCGCGGCCCACUACGACACGUCGCCGAAGCGGCGCGUGCCCGCGUGGACGGACCGCGUCCUCUUCUCGCCCGACGGCCUCGCGCCCUACGAGUACGACGCGGUCCCCGCCGCGGCCCACUCGGACCACCGGCCCGUCUUCGCCAAGUUCGCCAUCAUGAUC